AGUGCCAAACAAACCCCUGCGGCUUAUCAGAGAACUACACAGAAGAGACAGCCAAAGAGCAAGAACGAGAGAGAGGGGGGCGGGGCUUACCAUUACUCGGCCACGGGAAGAAGAAGAGGUCCUCCGCUUGUUCCCGCAUUCGAGUAAGGAGAACAAUGUUCAAAUGGCCCAGCAUAGGCAAUCGGGCACCGAUCGAUUUUCUGCUCGGAGCCAGAUCGACGUUGCUAUUGCUGGAGACCAGAUCGGCCUCCGGAUGCCACAAAAGAUUGGCCGGAUUCGCCGUGCCAAGCCUCAGCGCCACUUUUCCUACGCCGCAGUGGUCAUCGGAGUGACUCUCCUCGUUGGCUUCUACCUCUCCAUCCUCGCCUUCCACCGCCUAUCCGGUUUUAGAGAAUUACCGAGUAGAUUAAAGGACUACGGCGAAAAGAACAAAUCCAAGCCUCGGCCGAGAUUGGAGCGCACGAUGGCUUUCAAGGAACUCAGAUUUGGCCACUUAACCAACGGGAGUGGCCGGGAUUCGAGAGACUGGGACAGGGACGACCGGAGGAGGGACGAUGAUUACAGUGAGGAGGAAGCCACUGGGAGGAAGUCGGGGAAUGAUUCCGGAAAGAUCAAGCUUCCAGAGGAGGGUACGGCUGAGAGGGCACAAGGGAAAAGCGGGAGCGGGAGAUUGUAUAAUGAAGGCGGGCGAAAGGAGUUGGAUUCUUACAGGAAGAAAUAUGAGGAUUCUUUGAAUAAUGGUGCGCGGGCAAGGGAUGAUGGUAGGAUGGAGCAGGCUAAUCCUUUUGACGAGUAUGAUGAUGGCUUUGAUGAGCAGGAUGAACAUGAAGAUUUGCGCGAUGAGGGGGAGCACUGGGCUCAUUCAAGCGACAGUGAAGUAGUUUCUGGUGGUGCUGGUGAUGAAAUCGGGAGGUGGAGCGAUGCUGGUGGAGUUAGAAAAGGUGCAUUGUCGAAUUCAAAUGUGAAAGCUUUUGGUGAGGUUUCAAGCAAUGUUGGUCGGCAGUCUCAAAUGGAGGGUGGUGAUGGUGUUGGGGGUGCAGGCAGGGAAUCUAGUUCUGGUUCAGGGAAGAAAGUUGAAUUGAAAAGAAAGCCUAAACACCACAAGUCUUCUCGUUCAUCUUGUGAAAUGAAGUUCCUAGAUUCUACAGCUCUGCUUGUAGAACCUCUUGAGAACAAGAAAUUUUCCAGAUUUUCGUUGCAGUAUGUAGAAAUUGAAGAAAGGCCCAGCGGGACAGAAGACUGGGAACCGAGAUUUGCUGGCCAUCAGUCUCCUCGAGAAAGAGAACAUUCAUAUUAUGCACACGACCAAAAAAUCAACUGCGGGUUUAUUAAAGGUCCUCCCGGGUUACGUAAUACUGGUUUUGAUCUGGCAGAAGAUGACAUAAAAUACAUGAGCAGUUGCCACAUAGCUGUAUCUUCAUGCAUCUUUGGAAAUUCUGAUCAUUUAAGAACACCUUAUCUCAAAACGAUUUCACGCCAGUCUAGGAAGAAUGUCUGCUUUAUUAUGUUUGUGGAUGAAAUUACAUUGCAGACGUUGCUUUCAGAAGGCCAGAAGAUGGAUAGUACAGGUUCUAUUGGUUUGUGGAAGAUUGUGGUUGUUCACAACUUGCCUUACCCUGAUAUGAGGAGAGUUGGGAAAAUUCCCAAGUUCUUAACACAUCGACUUUUCCCAUCUGCUAGAUAUUCAAUCUGGCUUGAUAGCAAAUUACGUCUACAAAAUGAUCCCUUCCUCAUCUUAGAAUAUUUCCUUUGGCGGCGAGGUUAUGAAUAUGCCAUCUCCAACCAUUAUGACCGGCAUUGUGUUUGGGAGGAGGUUGCCCAGAACAAGAAACUAAACAAGUACAACCACACUGUCAUUGAUCAACAAUUUGAAUUCUAUCAGUCAGAUGGCCUGAAACAAUUUGACCCAUCAGAUCCCAACAAAUUGCUUCCUAGCUAUGUGCCGGAGGGCUCCUUCAUUGUGCGAGCGCACACGCCAAUGUCAAACUUAUUUUCAUGUCUUUGGUUUAAUGAAGUGGACCACUGGACUCCUCGUGACCAGCUGAGCUUUGCAUAUACUUAUUUGAAGCUCAGAAGGAAGAAUCCUGACAAAAACUUCCAUCUGAACAUGUUCAAGGAUUGUGAGAGGCGGUCCAUAGCAAAGCUUUUUCGCCACAGAGCAGAAGAUAGAAGAAAUAUCUCUAUACAAUAACAAUUGUUAUAGCCAAUUCUUGCAACAUAGGUGGUGUGGAUGCAGUUUGAACUGAAUUGAAGCCUCUCAACUCCACUGUUGCAACAGAACAGCUCUUUAUUUGGGCUCAGGAUGAAAUAUAAUCCUUCUCUAUUUACACUAUGACAUCUCAACCUCCAUGAUAUAGUUUUAUUAGUUCUUUAGAUAUCUGUAUUUUUAGUAUAAAAUCCCGGUUCUUUGUUGCUAUCUUUUUAUUGAUUGAUUUUUUAAAACUUGAAUGGCUCUAUUUUUGAUCUGAGGAUUAUUAGAUCUGGAUUUGGAUGCAAAAUUUGUAGAACUUGCCCCACUGAUGCAAAUUGAAUAUAUUAUCAUUUUACAACU